AUGUGGGGAGUUGGGGACAGGAGCUCAGCCCCUUCAGCCGAACAUGAGAGACCCUUUUCAGAACAUGCUCCAAAGUUUUUCUCCCGGUUCUCCUCCAAGACGGAGUUCCUAUCGUAUCUGUUUCUUUUCCUAGUCAAGAUGCCGUUUCCACCGGUUAACCGCCCAAGGACCAUCUCAGGUCCCAGUAAGGAGAAGCAAGCCUGCCCCUCACCCCUUCUGACAGUGAAAGGCACCGAGGAGAGAGGCUCAGUAAAGGAGAAACUGAAACUGCUGGGGAAAAAAGCCACACCUCAUAAGAGUAGGUUACCCACCAGUCUUGGGCUGCGUCCGGAUGGAAAGAGCUCUUGGAUUACCACUCCCCGGCCCAUAGACCUUAUCGAUGGAUCAACAGCUAGCUCUGGUAACGAUGUCGAGGCAACCAAUUCCUUAACCACCAGCUCCUUGGCAGCUACCGGCCCCGACAACAGCGCUUCAGCCACGACCAGUUCUAGCAACAACACCAAAUCGCCCAGCUCUACAGAGUCUCGCGGUAUAGUUGCCUCGUUGGGCCACUCCAGAUCUCAUGAGAAAAACGAGACAAAGGAGGUCGGGGCUGUGCGUUUCGCCCUCAGCCUGACUCCUGAGGCUGUCCUUCUCUUACAGAGGCGCAACCGUGAGAAACAGCUCCGCACAGCCAAAAACAGCACGGACACGGGGCUUCGCAGACGCAACCCCUCCUUGAAGAACCCACGGAUGGGGCCUCAGGGCUCAUCACAUGCUCAUGCCCCGAUGGGCCGACUGGGGAGCGGGCCGCAAGAUGCCAGCGUGCUCAUGAAGGUGUCACUCCUGAACGAGAGACACAGGUACGAUGAUGUGGAGUAUGAAGAUGAAGAUCGGGGUGUGGACGAGAGCGUGCUGCUGAAAUGUGCUGAGUGGCUGCGAGGGGUGGAGAACGCCCCACUCACAGCUGGUUCUUAUCAGUCAAUGUCACACGUUUCAACAUGA